AUGCCGGACUUUAAGCCUGGGCAGAUAGUCCAGCUCAGCGAUGGCCGCAAGGCCACCGUGCGGUUUGCCGGCCAGACUCACUUCCAGGUGGGCGAAUGGAUUGGCGUCGAGCUUGAGGAGAAGACGGGGAAGAAUGAUGGAAGCGUCCAGGGCGAGCGGUACUUUGACUGCCCCAUGGGAUACGGCAUGUUCUCGCCUUCUAAAUCUCCUACCAAACAGCUCAGCGCUUCGUCAAGUGCCAGUGCGUCCCGAACAGGGACGCCGUCAACUGUUCGAGUACCGUCGGCUACUAACAAAGCCCGCGCGUCGCUGCCGGCGUCGCGGACUUCCAUGGGGCCUCCCCCGCCUGCCCAGCCUGCCCAGCGAUCAAUGCGAGGAGCCUCGAUAUCGUCAGUGGCUUCGCGAUCUGGAAGUGCUCCGACUAGGUCCCUUGGCGGUCGCGGUGGCAUUGCGGCCCCUAAAGCUGUAUCACGGCCUGCUGAAUCGGGUCGCCGUGCUUCUGCUAGCUCUCAAGGCGGUCGAGAAUCAAGUUCAGCCACCAGGUCCGAUGAGUUUUUGAGCUCCCCUGUUGAAGACGAUCCUGAAGAAGAAGGCGAUGACGAGAUACUCUCGCCUCAACCAACGAGCCCGGUUGUUGGGAGAACAAAUGCCCUGGAGAGAAUUGCGGCCGAAUCGUUAACCGCACCUUCUAUGGCGCCUCCAUUGAAAAAACCUCCAGCGGCCGGGUCUUCAAGAUCUUCCAUUGGUAGUACCGCUGCAAGUAGAGAGAUUGAAGACCUGAAAGCAAAGCUGAAAGUUUUGGAGCGAAAGCGAAUCGAAGACCGAGACAAACUCAAGCAACUGGAUACGAUUCAAGGAGAAAGGGACAAAUUCGAAGGCAUCAUUCAAAAGUUACAGCAGAAAUACCAACCAAUGCAGCAAGAGAACACGGACUUGAGAAAGGCAGUGAAGGAAGCCGAAACAAGGUUUGAAUCGAUCGAGGCCCUUCAAGCGGAGCACGAUUCUGCUCUGGAAUUGGCCACCCUGGAUCGAGAAAUGGCCGAGGAGACUUCUGAAGUUUUGAAAAUCGAGCUGGAUGCUUUGAAAGAGAAGGCGGAAGAGCUACAACUGGAGCUUGAGAUUCUAAAGGAAGAAAAUGCCGAGUAUAGCAAGGGCAUGACUCCCGAAGAGCGUGCCAGCACAGGUUGGCUACAGAUGGAGCGCACAAACGAGCGACUGCGAGAAGCCCUUUUACGGCUACGAGAUCUCACGCAAGAGCAAGAGCAGGAGCUUCGUGAUCAGAUUGCGAGCAUGGAGGAGGAGCUCAAGGAAUUCAACGCCCUCAAAGAAGAUCACACUACAGCAAAGGAGAAACUGGCUCAGUCAGAGUCUGCUGUAGAAGAUUUGCGCCAACAGUUGGAUACUGCACUGGGCGCAGAGGACAUGAUUGAAGAUUUGACGGAACGAAACAUGAGCAUGUCUGAGCAAAUAGAAGAGCUCAAAGCGGUCGUUGAAGAUCUGGAAAAUCUCAAGGAGAUCAACGACGAGCUCGAGAUUAACCAUGUCCAAAAUGAAAGGGAGAUGCAAGAAGAGCUUGAUUUCAGAGACAGCAUUAUUGCCGAGCAGGCCAGACGAGCCCAGCAACAAGAUGCCGCGUUGGGUGACAUGGAGUACACCCUCUCGCGAUUCCGGGAGCUCGUUACGAAUCUGCAGAGCGAUCUGGAUGACAUGAGGGCAUCCCAGGCCGUCACUGAGGGCGAGUCCGAGAAGCUCAAUGACCGAUCGAGAGCCAUGAUGGAUCUGAAUAUGAAGCUACAGAUUUCAGCUUCCAAGGCUCAAGUCAAAACGAUUGAUCUUGAACUGCGACGACUCGAAGCUCAAGAGGCAGAACAGCACCUGGAGAUUGUCAAGCUAUUCCUUCCCGACAGCUACCGAGACGACCAGGACUCUGUUCUUGCUCUCUUGCGAUUCCGCCGACUUGCAUUCAAGGCAAAUCUCCUCAACGGAUUCAUCAGGGAGCGAGCCAACGGACAGCUCGAGCCAGGCCACGAGGACGACAUCCUCGCUGGCUGUGACGCUAUUGACAAGCUUGUUUGGGUUGCCGCAAUGUGUGAUCGCUUUGUCAACGAUAUCAGCCACUGCUCUAUUGAACAGUUUAACAAGUACCAGAACUCUCUGCUGGAGCUUGAACCUGUCGAGCGGGCGCUGAACACCUGGAUUGAUGGCCUGCGGCGAGAUGAGCUGAAGGAACAGAAGUGCGCCGAUGAGCUUCAACGAACCAUUUCGCUCAUGUCGCAUCUUGGAGAGGUACACAUUUCAAGCGGCAUCGCUGCCUUUGCCGACGACAUCCACAUGAGGGCUCUGGUUGUUCAAAGCCACCUCGAUUCAGCAACUGUCGCCUUUAACGUGAUCCGAAGCAUGGUACAGCGGGCCAUCCCUGCAGCAGGCGAAGAGGAAGAGCUGGCACAGCAUUUCGCUAAGAGGAUUGAUCUCGCCAUUACGCAAACACGAAGCACAAAGGUCUUUGCUGGAAAGGCGGUUCAUGCCCUGGAAGACCUAAAGGCGCGAUCCCUCUCGCUAGGCGAAGAUUCAAAGGGCGCAUUCGAACAAUGCGAGACUCUGGCUCAAGACCUUGCACGACUGACUCGCCAGAUGGGCUUGGGCAUCCAUAAGCUACUCACACAUGAUGAGGGCCGCAACGAGCCCUUUACUUAUGGAGAGAUUAACGAAGUCAUCCACCAAGCUGUUCUCGAAUCUACCCAGGCCAACGAGUCGGAUCUCUUUUCCAACUAUCUCGGCAUGCUCAAGACUGCCAGUGGACAGAUUUCUGAUUUGGCGACACUCGCUUCAGACUUGGAUCAGACUCAUGACUUUGAUGUCAGCCCCACUCCCUGGCGUCUUCGUGCCCAAGAGCUCAGGAUACUCAAAACAGUCCCGGUGGAUACCGAAGAGGAGCUCAGAAGGCUCAAGGCAGAGCAUAACGAGGUUCGUCGGACGAUUGCACAAAGAGAUGAGCAUCUUAGCACAGCUGUCCUCAAGAUUGAGACGCUCGAGUCCCGUAUGCGAGAUGCUCAGGCAAACGUUGAACGCAUUGGCACCUUGCAGUCCGAGCUCGAGGAUGUGAAUGGCCAUGUCACUAGCCUCAAGGAGGACAUUGAGAAGCAAGACCGAGAACUCAAAAACCUGGAGUCGGAGCGAGACAAGUGGAAGAAGAUUGCGAGUGACAGCAGAGCAUAUGCGGACGGCGCUGAUGCUGCGGAUAUGAAGGCCGGUCAAGAGCGGGCCGUCGCUACAGCACGGGAAAUGGACACGCUGAAGAAGGAAAUCGAAGGCCUACAAGGCGCCGUCCGUUAUCUGCGCGAUGACAACCGUCGUGCGCGCAUGAAGGAGCAGCAAAGCUACGAAUGGCUCGCAGAGCCUUUGAAGAAGGAGGCCAGCCCAGAGCAGCAGCGCAAGGCAUUGGUGGCCGCCGAGGGCAAAGAUGUGCUUGGAGAGCUCCUUAAAAUGGCGACGUCGACGACCGUUUUCGACCUCAGCACCGCACCAAAGGAGAAGCUAGCUUGGCGCCCGGCCAGAUCAACACCACAGUAUCACGUGGCGAAGCAGAUGGAAGAUCUCGAGGCCUGGAGGGCUUGGCAGGAGUCGGUGCUCAAAAAGACGGACAUGCUGUUCGCCCAAGACCGCAGCCUCCGCCUCGGAAGAGAGAAACUACAACAAGCGGCUGCUGGCGCGAAGGGGGACGCUGUAGCGCGGCUGAGGAUCCGGCUACCUCGCGACCCUGCGUUGCAAGGCAAAUUGACGGCGGGAGACAAUGUGCGGAUUGUGGGAUCGCAAGAGUGGGAUGCUCUGCAGGCGGCUACGAGGAAGUUUGCCGCUGUAUAA